CUAGAAGAAAACCGCAUUGCUGUGUAGCUUUUGGGGGAAGGUGAAGCUGGAACAAGGGGCGGGGUCUAAGUGUGUGUGUGGCUGACCUGCCUCGUGCAGCUCAGGAGAAGAGAUUCACUAGACUGGGGCACCUCUUUUGGAGGUUCGGACUGGCUGAGGUCUGCGACUAUGAAGGUCAAAGUCAUCCCGGUACUUGAAGACAACUACAUGUACCUGAUCAUUGAGGAGCACACACGGGAGGCAGUGGCUGUGGACGUGGCUGUGCCCAAGAGGCUGCUGGAGAUUACAGCCCGCGAGGAAGUGUCUCUGACCACGGUGCUGACCACCCAUCACCACUGGGACCACACGCGUGGAAAUGCGGAGCUGGCGCACCUGCGGCCAGGACUGGAGGUCAUGGGAGCUGAUGAGCGCAUCUGCGCACUAACCCGCAGGCUGUCACAUGGGGAGGAGCUUCGGUUUGGGGCCAUCCACGUGCGAUGCCUCUUGACGCCGGGCCACACCACUGGCCACAUGAGCUACUUCCUGUGGGAGGAUGAAUGCCCGGACCCACCAGCCCUCUUCUCUGGUACCUUGCAACCUGGAUUCAUCCACUUAUGCAAUUCCACUGUGCCCUCCCUACCCCCUUCUGACCCUUUUUCCUCUCUAGGGGAUGCUCUGUCAGUGGCAGGCUGUGGCUGGCAUCUGGAGGACACUGCCCAGCAGAUGUACCAGAGCUUGGCCAAGAUCCUGGGUACCCUGCCACCCCAGACGAAGGUGUUCUGUGGUCACGAGCAUACACUGAGCAAUCUUGAGUUUGCACAGAAAGUGGAGCCCUGCAACAACCAUGUGCAAGCUAAGCUGUCCUGGGCCCAGAAGAGGGAUGACGAUGAUAUACCUACUGUGCCCUCUACACUGGGCGAGGAGCUGUUGUACAACCCUUUCUUGAGGGUGACAGAGGAUCCAGUUCGUGAGUUCACAGGCCAAGUGGCACCUGCCCAGGUCCUGGAGGUACUCUGCAGGGAGCGAGCACGCUUCCAGCUUGCUUUGGAGCCACUGCAGCCCCAGGUCCGGGCACUCCUGGCCUUGCAGUGGGGACUUCUGAGUACGCCCCAGGAAAAAUGAGCCUGCUUGUCUUCACACCCCUUCUCCGGACAGCAACUGACUUCAGUUCAGUUCCAGCCUGAACUUCAGGCUGACUGGAACCCUGGCCCCCAGAACAUCCCUCUGAGGCCUUCCACCCUGCUUUGUAGAACCAGCAAACGGUGCUGUCCUUGUCUCUACUGCUCAUGGUACCACUCUUGUGGACCUUGAGACAUAUGUGUCCUGGGGACUGAGAAGGGGAAUGAAUAAAAUUUUGAAAGGCUCA